AUGGGCCGCCUCCCCGAGCACGCGGCGCUGUACGUCAACGGCGUCGAACCUCUCCGACGCCGUGAAGAAGACCAUCACCAGCUCCCCAAUCCCGACCCGGGCGCCGACUCGCCCUCGGCGGCGCUCGUCGGCGAACACGCGCCGUACAUGGUGGCCACGUAUGCGCGGCCGCCGCCCGUGUUCGUCCAGGGAGAGGGCUCGUGGCUGUGGGACAUUGAGAACAGGAAGUAUCUCGACUUCACGGCCGGCAUAGCCGUCACGUCGCUGGGCCACGGCGAUGCUGAGUUUACCCGGCUUCUGACGCAGCAGGCCAAGACGCUUAUCCACGCCUCAAACUUAUACUACAACCCGUGGACGGGGGCGCUGUCCAAGCUCCUUGUUGAAAGGACGCUGUCGUCGGGAGGCAUGCACGACGCCUCGAGGGUGUUUGUGUGCAACUCGGGCAGCGAGGCCAACGAGGCGGCGAUCAAGUUCGCCCGCAAGACGGGCAAGGUGGUCGACCCGUCGGGCGGCAAGGUCGAGGUCGUGUCGUUUAAUAACGCCUUUCACGGGCGCACAAUGGGCGCGCUGUCGGCGACGCACAACCCCAAGUACCAGAAGCCGUUUUCGCCCAUGGUCCCGGGCUUCGUGCAGGGCGUGUACAACGACGUCGGUGGCAUCAGGGACCUGGUUACGGAGAGGACGUGCGGCGUCAUUGUUGAGCCGAUCCAGGGCGAGGGCGGCGUCAUGACCGCCUCGGAGGAGUUCCUCGUUGCGCUGGCCAAGAGGUGUCGCGAGGUGGGAGCGGUGCUCAUCUACGACGAGAUUCAGUGCGGUAUGGGGAGGACGGGCAGCCUCUGGGCGCAUGGGAGCCUGCCCAGGGACGCGCACCCGGAUAUUAUUACCAGCGCCAAGGCCCUGGGCAACGGGUUCCCGAUCGGUGCGGUUGUGGUCAACGACUUUGUGAGCGACAAGAUCAAGGUUGGCGACCACGGCACUACGUUUGGCGGGAACCCCUUGGCGUGUCGGCUGGCGCAUUACCUCGUCGAGAGGCUUUCUGACCCGGCACUACAGCAGGGGGUUCUUGAAAAGUCGAAGCUGUUCAAGGAUGGGUUUGCCAAGUUGAAGGAGCGGUUCCCGGAGUUGAUUACGGAAGUUAGGGGCCGCGGACUGAUACUGGGCCUGCAGCUGACGGAGGAUCCUAGUGCUAUUGUCAAGGCGGCGAGGGAGAGGGGUUUGUUGGUCAUUACGGCGGGAACGAAUACUUUGCGUUUUGUGCCAAGCUUGGUGGUUGCGGAUGAGGAGAUCGCGCAGGGCUUACAGAUUCUGGAGGAUGCGAUUGCUGCGACGAGGUAG